ACUAUCCCCGCGACGUGCAGGCUUGCCGCACGCAGUUCAAUUUGCACGCCAGGACACGUUUUCGAAGAGCCCACUGCAAUCGCUGCACGAUAAGCAUGCCUAAAGCCCCGCAACCCAAGACCCUGGAGGCCCAGCCCAUCGCCCUGGCAUGGCAACCCGAGAGCAGGCGGCACUUCGCCGUCGGCUGCGUCGAUGGGAGGGUGGAGAUCCACAGCACGAAACAAGCGCAGCCGCUGGCUCGUGUUUGGCACGGCGACCGCGGCGCGGCGUCGGCCGUCGCGUGGGGCGGCGGCCUCUGCGCCGGCUACGGCGACGGCGCGGUCUGCUGCUGGGACACGAACGGCGGCGCCAAGGCCUGGAAGGCGAAGGGCCGCGGCGACAAGGUGACGGCGAUGCUGAGCACGCGAGGUUUACUGGCUGUCGGCGACGACGGCGGUCGCAUCGCGCUGCGGGACGCUCGCUUGAGCGGAGACCGCGGUCCGGCCAUCUCGACGCAGCCACACGCGGACUACGUCUCGGGGCUGUGCGCGAUCCGAGACGAGGUACUCGUUUCGGCGGGCGCCGACGGCGUACUAGCGGCGAUGGACCUCCGCAAGAACUUGAAGAGCAUCGGGGAAACGGACCCCUUCGAGGACGAGCUGCUCUCGUGCUGCGUCACGCCGCAUUCCGUCGUCGCGGGCACGGCGACGGGUCCCUUGCUGGUCUGGAGCCGCAAGGACUUGGACAAGGAACCUUCGGUGAUCGCGUCGGAGCACGACUCGGUGGAAGCCUUGGUGGCCGUCCAGGAUGUUGUCUUGACGGGCACCGGCGACGGCGUCGUCCGGGCCUACGAGGAGGGCGAGGACGCGUCGUUGACGGACAUCGGCGGUAUCGGCGCCCACGGCGGCUUCCCCGUCGAGGUCCUCGCGAAGACGUCCGGCGACGAGCUCGUGGCCUCGCUGAGCCACGACAAUGUCGUGCGCUUCUUCGACGCGACAAACGCCAGCCGCAUCAAGCAGAUGCUGGCUGAGGAGAGCGACUCCUCCGACGACUCGGACGACGACGCCAAGCCGAAGAAGAAGGCGAAGAAGGAGACCUUCUUCGACGGCCUCUAGUUUUAGUUAACAUGUGA